CAGAUCAAGUCGAAGGCCCGAUACUCUCCGCCGCCCUUCGAUGCGCCCAAACGCGAGCGAACGGCCAUUAAGUUCCCGUCGACCACAUCCUCGUCGGCCCGCUAUGUGAACGACAGCGACGAUGAGGAGGCGACGGUGUCGGUGUCGCCCACAUUCAAGCUCUCGUCCGACGUGUCGCCCCCGCGCCGCAAGACACCCGUCAAUAGGGGCGUCAACAACAGCGACUCCGGUGUCGUCCACACCAUCGAGAAUGUCGGCGUCUCGAAGAUCGGCGACGGAAGCAAACUUGUGGUCACUCUUCCCGACGGCACUAACAUUAAGGUGGACGCGACGACCAGCAGUUCCCAGAAGAAGGUGGCCUUCAAAGGUACCAAAAAAGUUGGCGAUAAGUCCGAGUCGGUUGAGAUCGAGACGGACGACGCCGGCGCUAAGUCGGACCCCGCGGACGACGACUACAAGCCGUCCCGAAGUCGCAAGAAGUCGGACGACUCGGCCAAGAAGGACACGGAUAAGCCGAAAGUGAUUCAAACCUACUCUCGAGUGACGCCGAAGCAGACGAUAUCGACGCCGAAGCUGUUGGCCAUCAGUCAGACUCAGCUGAAGUCGCAGCUGAGCGGCGGUGGACAGGCGUCAGGCGCGAAGAUUACGCCGAAGUUUGUGUCGACACCGGCGGCGACGCAGAAGAAGGCGCCGGCUUCGGCACAGAGGCGGACGUCGACACCGAUGACUAAAUACAUCGACGGUCUGCCGGAACUCCACGAAUGCACUCUCGAUGUCGAGAAUGACUCGCAACUGACGAAACUUCCCGACAAAAUACUACUCUUGCAUUCAGAGCUACCCCUGAAUCUGGCGCUCAGUGUUGAACACGAAGACGAGUCGUUCCUAUUCCGUCAGAUCGUGUCCCCAAUGGAGCCCAACCGCUACGUCUGCCUCCUCUGCAAAGGCAUUGAC